CGUCCCGCCCGGGUCCGGCCCGGGGGCGGGGGCCGCGGCCGCCGAGGAUGGGGAAAUCCAACAGCAAGUUGAAGCCCGAAGUUGUGGAGGAGCUGACCAGGAAAACCUACUUUACGGAGAAGGAAGUCCAGCAGUGGUACAAAGGCUUCAUCAAGGACUGCCCCAGCGGGCAGCUGGAUGCGGCCGGCUUCCAGAAGAUCUACAAGCAGUUCUUCCCGUUUGGAGACCCCACCAAAUUCGCCACGUUUGUUUUCAACGUCUUUGACGAAAACAAGGACGGGCGGAUCGAGUUCUCUGAGUUCAUCCAGGCACUGUCGGUGACCUCAAGGGGAACGCUGGAUGAGAAGCUGCGGUGGGCCUUCAAGCUCUAUGACUUGGACAACGACGGCUACAUCACCAGGAACGAGAUGCUGGAUAUUGUGGACGCCAUUUACCAGAUGGUGGGGAACACCGUGGAGCUCCCGGAGGAGGAGAACACCCCCGAGAAGAGGGUGGACCGGAUCUUCGCCAUGAUGGACAAGAACGCCGACGGGAAGCUGACGCUGCAGGAGUUCCAGGAGGGGUCCAAGGCAGACCCCUCGAUCGUGCAGGCGCUGUCCCUCUACGACGGGCUGGUGUAGCCCAGGCCAAGCUGGAUGCCUGGGAACCGCUCACGUCCUCCCGUGCCAUGAGGCCGCCUCGGCCCCGACACCGCCCUCCUGUGUCCACCCAGCCUUUCUCCGCACCCACACGCAGCGGGCUGCCCCGGAUGGCGAGGCCCCUCCGCCCCCUGCCCUGCACCCACCCGCCGCCUGAAGCCGCCGGCUCCAAUCGCCAACAACCUCCGCUUGUCCAGAAAACAACACGAAACGAAAAAGGCUCCAGCCCUCUGCAAAACCAAGGACUCAGCUGCUUCGUGGGCAGCAGUUGGCCCCCUGCUCUCCCGCGCGUGUGCUUUUGUUUUUUAUUUCAAACAGACAUUGAAAAAAAAACCCAACUACCUUCUAUUCUAGAAGAUUCAGACUGAGCGAUGGGGAGAAGGCCUCGGGACCUCGGAGAACUCUGCCUUGUCCUUUGGCCACCAGAGAAGUCAUGGCCUGGCCGCGGGUGGGCUCACGCGUCAGGGGGCUGCCUGGUGGACGUCACCUGUCGUCCUGCCCUCGAGCCACCGACCACCUGUGUGGCCUGGAGGAUUGAUUAUGAUGAUGAUUUUCUGUGAUAACAGUAUUGUGAUUUUUGUGGGGAAAGUGAGCUUUGUUUUUUUUUUGUUUUUUUUAUACAUAUAUAACUGAUACCUUUUAUUUAUUGGUCCUUAAGUGUUGCUGCUGCCUGUGUGUCCGAAGCUCCCGGAUUGCGGGGUCCACCGUUUACAUGUGCAGCCCCCACCCACCUGUCCACGCGCUUGGGACGAUGGUGGCCGGCAGCGGCCAAGAAGCCAAAAACUUUCUUUUUUCUUUUUUUCCAGAUACUGUGCUUGAUGUUUGGCGAGGGGAAAGGUGGGCUUUUUAACUGGCUGAUGCACUGUUCCCUCCAGCCUGGAAUGCCCCCUCCUUCCAUCCCUAUCCUCUGCUCCUUGUCCAAACCCUGCCCGCCCUCUGUCCUCUUCUGGGCCCAUCACGUCUUUCCUGGGGACGAACACGGGACAUCUUUCGGUUUCUCAGCUCUUGCUUUGGUGUUUGUAGCAGCGUGGGGAAGGGAGGGGCUGGUGCUGGGCCUGGGGGCCAGGGAGGGGGUUGGGUACAGAAGGAAAGAGUGAGGAGGCGCAGGCAGGUCUUUGCAGGCGGGUGAGCUUGCAAAGGCCUGCUGGGUUCGGAAAGCAGUCUCUCCCACUCUGCUUUCCUGUCUCCCCGGCUCCCUGGCCCAAACGCUGGGAGGGAGGGGCAAGAAGGUGCACGUCGUCCUGUUCAGGUGGUGGCCGCUCCUCUGGGCUGUGGCCCCCCGGCGUUCGUGGGGGAGGUUUUUAGCUUUAUCUGUUCCUAGAAAGGGUGGCCCCAGAACGGCCACCAGGAAAGUCAGAGACCCGCGGACCCCAGGCCAGGAGCCUGAGGCUGGCUCUGGCUCUGAGACUGAGGGCUACCACCUGCCUCUCCGGACACCAGCUAUCCCUGUGGCAGAGCCAGAAGGCCUGGCUGGUUGCUGUGGGAGCCCCUCCACACUGACGGAUGUAGUUCUGAGUUUCCUGCACUUGGCAAUUCUGUGAUCUGGGGCUAUGCGUGCCAGACCCCAGCCGACACGGGGACCGUCUGAGUCAUUCUUCUGUCUCUUGGCACAAGUCUUCAGGGACAUGGCAGCCACUGGUCAUGGUGUGUGGGGUCAGAUGAUACACUUUGUCCCUCCCUGCAGUGCUUCCUGUUCCUCCUGGACCCUUGAGCGGUCUUUUUGGUCCAGAACUGGUCCUGGCCCAGGGGAGGCGGCUGGGGUGAGGAGCAGCCCCCCAGGCCUGUUUAGGGCCUGAGUCUACAACUCCUGCAGCAUCUUUGCAAAGCCAGCAGCCUCCCCGCCGCUGCUUUCCCCAGCCCCAGGGCAGCAGUGCGGCCGUGGUUCCCACUUUGAAUUGUCCUUUUGGUCUCCACUUUGCACUUCCCCGGGAGGCCGGAGCUUCUCCUGCUGAUUAACCCUCAGACCACGGACUCUCCCCAGAGGGUGCCGUUUGAGAGAGGGGCCCUGCCGGUGGGGCCGCUCCCCUGACCCCAGCACCCGCCCUCCUUGCGUAGGCCGGCCAUUGGGCUGCACGCUGCCUCCACUCUGAGCCCCCCAGAUCCUGUGGGGACAGGAGCAGCCGUUCCAUGUUCACAGGUGACUGAAGGCUGGACUCUUUGCAGCCCCGGCGGUCACCUUUCUGCUCAGGCUACUGGCCCAGGAGGCCCAGGACUCAUUUCCACAUCCUGCAGUUCCUUCCUGUGGCUCUGACCUGAGACCCUAUGAACUUGGCCACCUGGGGUCAGAGGGGAAGGGAGAGGGGCCCUUCCCGGGUCAGAUUGCUUUCUGGCCUCUGCCUGAGCCUCGGCUGCUCCUCUAGUCCAUGGAGGGGAUGCUGUUGUAGAGCCUGCCCUGGAGGCAUCACAGGAAGGGGACUGUGGCUGAGCGUUAUCCAAGGUUAAGCACGUGGACCCCUCAGGCUGAGGUAUCGACUGGUUGCCAGCGUCGGCGGGCAGGACAUUCCUCCUGCCUUCCAGGGAGGCAGUUUGGCCGUUUGGUUUGGAGCCAUGGGUAGGCCUUUUGGCCUUAGCAGGUGGCACUGUGGACCCGUGCCUCAGGCACGCCUUGGGUACUUGCCCUGAGACAGCUCGGGGCUGCCAGAAGGGCCACCCCUCUUCCUGGCAGCGUGCUGGACACUGGCCAUUUGUGCCUGAGUUUGCCAGGCAGGGACAGGUCUGCUGCCACCCCUCACCAGGCCUCUGGCUGUGGCGCGUUGGAACCCGGAGCAGCCUGGGGGCCUCCCUCCCCAGCACCCUGUUCCGCCUGAGGCCCAGCCCCAUCAGAUACUGCUCUCUGGGGACCCAGACCAGCCAGCAGCCAGGUUCUUGGUCCCAGGGCCAAAGAGCAGGGUCCAGCCUCAGGCCACUGUCUGCAGCGGCCCUGGCCUCUUCCUCGCAGCGUCUGCCCCCUACUUUGUGUCGAUGGUACUUAGAGGAAUGUCAUGAGUUUCCAGGAUUUAACCAGACAAUGUUUAAGUCAAGGCAAACAUUUGUGUUCCUCUCUUACCCUGAAAUGCUUUUGACAGCCAGUGACCUAGACGACAGACGCACCUGAGCUUUCUGGGACAUUGUCUCUUUGUGUAGGGGGAGAAACUGGGGUAUGGAGUUUCCCGGGGAGAGCCCGGUGCCCAGGUGGGGAGCCACCCUGUUCCCACCGCAGCUUCAGCUUCUAAGGAAUCCAAGAGAAUGUGGGCGCGCCCCCUGGUGGCGGUGAGCUGCAAGGGCAUGUGGGAGGGUCCCAACCGGCCAAACGGGUGAUUGCCGAGGGCGGGAGGCUGCAGGUGGUGCGGAGGUGAGUAAGGGGCUGUGACCUCCCCUAAGCCGUGGGCCUCCAGCCCCACAUUAUUGACAGUGUGUUCCUCAGAUGCCCCUUUUCUAGGUGAGCCCCGGGAAUAACAAGUUAAUUAGCAUACGGACACUUUGGCGAGGAGCCUUGUCCCCCAACAUUUUUUUUUAAUAUCUGCAGAAUAAACCCAAUGGUUGAUUUUUGAAUGAAUAAAAGGCUUUUGUUGAAUAAACAGCUGGUCCCAUCUCUGUCUUGGCAUCUAGGCUCAGGCUCUGUCUGCUCCCCAGGACUGUGGCAAAUGCAACGCCCCCGUCCGCAAGCCAGAUGUCGUCAUUUCCCCCAAGUCUUUGCAGUGGCCCGUGGCCCCAGGGAGGGCCACACGCUCUCAGUCUGACUCAGCGACGGGGGGCUUUCCCCGGGACUCUGGGCAAGUCGCUUUGGCUUGGUGGGACUCAGUGUCCCCAUUCUUCGGAUGGAAGUGAGAAUUUCUGCUCAGCCACCUCACAGGGGCAUUGUGGGGAGCAGAAGUGAGCGCAGUCACCAAAGCACCUUGCAGAGGCGUAAGGCCAGCGCAGGGGUCGGAGCUGCCGUGGCGCCCCCACCAGGAGCCUGCAACCUGGGAAGGGAAUUUGGAUAACUCUCACCCAAACAAACAAGCAAGACAGGGCUUCCGGUCUGUGGUUGUUUUCUUUCUGUUUGCCUCCCCAGCCUGCUCUGAGCCUCUUUUUGGGGCACUGUUCUGUCUGAAUCGGCUGGUGUAUGUCUCUGGGGAAGGGG